AUGAAGCUCUAUAAUGGGCUUCGUCUACCAUACUUGUUCCUCUUUGUUUCAUGCUUUUUGGUGACUCUUCAUGCUAGUUCAACACCAAUGGAAAAGUCCACAUACAUUGUCCAUAUGGACAAAUCUCACAUGCCCAAGGCCUUCACUAGCCAUCACAAUUGGUACUCAUCAAUCGUCGAUUGCCUCAAUUCUAAAAGGCAAUCGACUUCAUCAUUUGUAUACACUUAUAAUCAUGUUCUUCACGGUUUCAGCGCUUCCCUAUCUCAAGAAGCACUGGAUAAUUUGAAGGAAUCCCCAGGAUUUAUUUCAGCUUAUCGAGAUAAGAAUGCUACACUCGAUACCACCCACACGCCGGAGUUCCUAUCACUUAAUCAUACCGGUGGCUUUUGGGCCACUUCUAACUACGGUAAAGAUGUCAUCAUUGGUGUUAUCGACUCUGGAGUAUGGCCAGAAAGUGAUUUUAAGGACGAUGGUAUGACCACCCAAAUCCCAGCAAGGUGGAAGGGAAUUUGCCAAGUAGGAGAAGGAUUCAAUUCCUCCAUGUGUAACUCAAAGCUCAUAGGAGCUAGCUACUUCAACAACGGCAUCAUGGCUGCAAAUCCCAACAUUACCAUUGUCAUGAAGUCUGCUACGGACAUUUUAGGCCAUGGGACCCAUACAACCUCCACAGCUGCAGGGAACUAUGUGAAAGAUGCAUCUUAUUUCGGCUAUGGUAAAGGAACAGCUAGAGGCAUUGCACCACCAGCCAGGGUUGCCGUGUACAAGGUGAAUUGGAGCGAAGGACGCUAUGCUUCUGAUGUUCUUGCUGGUAUCGACCAAGCCAUAGCUGAUGGCGUUGAUGUAAUUUCCAUCUCCUUGGGAUAUGAUGGCGUGCCGUUGUAUGAAGAUCCAAUAGCAAUAGCUUCUUUUGCUGCAAUGGAGAAGGGUGUGGUAGUUUCAACUUCAGCAGGAAAUUCAAGUCCACAAUUUCGCAGCAUCCACAACGGUAUUCCUUGGGUGUUAUCCGUGGCGGCUGGCAGUAUUGAUCGGUCAUUUGCUGGAACUUUGACUCUUGGAAAUGAUCAAGCCAUUACUGGUUGGACCAUGUCCCUCAACUUCCCAGCAAAUGCAAUUGUCGAAAACUCCCAAUUGGUGUACAACAGCACCAUAUCAGCAUGUGAUUCAUACGAAUCAUUAUCCGAAGUCGUAUGUAGCGUCGUCAUUUGUGAACCAACUGGGUCUAUUUUUGCUCAAAUAGAUGCCAUCACUAGAUCAAACGUGGCAGGCGCUAUACCUAUCUCCAAUCAAACCACAUUAUUUGAAAUAGGAGGAGUGCCCUGUCCUUGUCUAGUGAUUAGCCCCAAGGAUGCAGCAACCGUGAUCAAAUAUGCAAAAACUGACGAUUUUCCUUUGGCUAGCUUGAAGUUCCAAGAGACCAUUGUUGGCACAAAGCCUGCGCCGGCUGUGGCUUACUACAGUUCUAGAGGUCCUUCAAUUAGCUAUCCAGGCAUCUUAAAGCCGGAUAUAAUGGCGCCUGGGUCACUAGUCAUAGCUUCCUGGGUUCCAAAUGAAGCAACCGCCCAAAUAGGCAACCAUGUGCACUUGUCUAGCCAUUACAAUGUGAUUUCUGGGCCAUCCAUGGCUUGCGCACACGCCUCUGGUGUGGCUGCACUUUUGAAAGCUGCACACCCGGAAUGGAGCCCGGCUGCGAUUAGAUCUGCAAUGAUGACCACAGCCAACCCAUUAGAUAAUACUCUAAACCCAAUUCAGGAAAAUGGCAAAAGGUUUCAACUUGCUUCACCUCUAGAUGGAGCAGGACAUAUUGACCCAAAUCGUGCUCUUGACCCGGGUUUGGUUUAUGAUGCAACCCCACAAGACUAUAUCAAUUUGCUCUGCUCCAUGAAAUUCAACAGGCCACAAAUCUUAGCCAUUGUCAGAUCAAACUCCUAUAACUGUUCCAGCCCAUCUUCUGAUCUUAAUUAUCCAUCAUUUAUUACUUUUUAUAAUAGCACAUAUACGCCAGUUGUUCAAAAAUUUCACAGGACUGUAACCAAUGUGGGAGAUGGCGCAGCAAUGUACAAAGCCACGGUCACGGCACCAAAAGGCUCUAGAGUUGUAGUCUCACCUCAAACAUUGGUCUUCAAAAGGAAGUAUGAGCAGCAAAGCUACACUUUGACAAUCAUGAAGUCUAGGAGGGACAAGAAAAAUGAUGUUUCAUUUGGUGCACUUGUUUGGGCUCAUAAAAAUGGAAAACACAUCGUUAGGAGCCCCAUUGUAGUGUCACCAAUGGGGAUUAUUUGA